AUUCUUUGAUUGAUUAGUUUAGUAAUGAUUUGCAUGCAUGUAAAUAUUUAUUGGUACCAUUUAUUGUUUUGUGUUAGGUUUGUGUAUAAAUCUUUAUUUCUUUUGUUUUAUCACCCUUUUACCUGGUACGAGUGUUGGAAUUGCCCAAAGUAUAAAAGCCAGCGUCUGUCUCACUGUGAAAGUGGGUGUCGGUUCAAAUGUGACCUGCAGCUUUUAAAUAAAUCCAUCUGGACUGCAUUCUGUUGCCUCGCCUCCUUUCCUGAACGCAGAGCCUCCCCUGGUCAAAGUGACAUGCUCCUAAGCAGAAUUCAAUUUGAGGGCCCACUCAUCGUCCACCUAACCUAUACAAUAACAUUUAUUAAACAAAACCUACAAAUAAAUAUUUACAUAUAUAUAGUAAUUAACACAAAAACAGAAGUAGAUUUAAUUAAGUAAUUUAUCCAAGGUCUCUUUUAGAAGAGUGACCUGGCAGUGGUUCUCCAAAAAAACAAACAAAAAAAAAAAACUGAUUCAAGGGGCCUGAAUAAAAUUGUGAAUUUUUACACAAAUGGCUUGCCAUAGCCAGCUGCUUAGACAAGAGGCCUCAUGUUGGUGCUCCUCCUGAUGGUUGAAACAACUGCUGUUGGCUCUCAAGCAACUUCAUGCAUUUUAAAACCAGUUAUUUAGUUAGUUAUUGAGCCACCUUUUUGCUCUAUUAGUUGUGGAAGCAUUUUAUGCUCCCAAAUCUAGCAUAAUAUUAACAGUGUCUAGCAAAGACUGUUAACUCCUUUCAACAUUUUUUGUCACAUUACAACAAACUUCAAUGCUUCUUAAGAAAUGUUAUAUUCUAGACUAAAGCAAAGAAGAUGUAAAGUGGAAAUCAAAGGAUUAUGCACUGGAAAUUCUUCACAAAAAAUCUGAUCUGCUGCAGCUGCGUAAGCAACCAUAGUGCAGGAACAGCUGGGACAGAAAUUCCAACAAACUUCAAAUUUGGUAGGGAGGUGAUUUAAUGUGACGAUGCGUGUCCCAUGGAACAAAUUCUCCCGCAGCCACGGGUUAAAAAUGUGGCUUCUGAAUCGUUGCAGGGAGCAUCGGGACACAGCCAUUCAUUCUGCUUGUUCAGCUGUGAGAGGGGCACGCAGCAAGUCAAAGAAGGGAGAGGAGCAGGAAGCUGCAUCCAGAGUUGUGGGAGAGUGAGGGUGAAUGAAAGCUGCAGAUUGGAAGAGAGUCAGUGGAGGGGAGAGAGGAAGAGUUUGUUAGUUGGAGAGAGAAACUUUUUACCAUCUGCUCAAGGUUUGAGUGAAGUUGGGAAGCCUGUCAGACUGUCUUUACAUAUGGAACGCUGCUGGGGUCUGGACGCUGCACCGAUGGACAUGGAUAUAGGAGCCGCAAAUACAGCCAGCCACAGUUUUAUCAAAUGGAUGGAGGUGUCCAGUGAUCAUGGAGGCUGCUGAGAGAAUCACCACAGCUGUCGACAGGCAAAAGUUGGGCUUUCUUCGAGGAAGAAGUGUGACAGUGGAAAUAGAGGACAUUGGGCAAAAAAUAAAACAGACAAAAAAACAACCUUUUGCACCUUUAGACAACCUGUGGAACCAGAGUGAAGAUUCGUCAAAGAUGGAUUUCAGGAGACCAGUUUGUGAUCUCUACCCCACCGACAGCACCACCGUCAGAACCAAACUUCCAAGAUCCAAUGGGGGAAACAUCAAGGACAAGAUUUCUCUGUGGGAGAACAAAGAAUCCACUCUUUCACAUUUAACUUCAAGUAGUUUGAGCAAGUGUGCAAGCAUUAAAGGAACCGACUCCUUGACAAAUGGCAGCAGCAAAACUGUGGCUAAGCAAAGGACUGAAAGUACCAGGACAGUAGCCACUAAGGAGAAGGACCUUGGGAAAGAAAAUGUAUUAAUGCGUGACAAUUCAAGACCUUGUUCCCCUGAUGAACUGCCAAAACAACCUCGAGUGGCUAAUAGUGGCAGUAGUUCUAGUGAAAGCAGUGAAAAGACUGCCUCCAAGAGACAUACAGGUCGCAAAGAAACUCCUCGAGAUGAUUCAACUCCUUGUUCGCCUCACUUACCUGGGAAUCAGCCCCAAGUGAUCAAUCCAAGCUCUAGGUCCAGAGACAACACAGCAAAAACUGACAAGAGAAACGCAGGUCACAGAGUCGCUCUUAGUGAUGAUUCAAGGCCUUGUUCUCCACCAGCGACUGAGAAACAGCAAGUUGGGAUGCUAAAAAAGAGCAGUGAAAAGAAAUCGUCAGAACAAACCAGUGAGGAGACGAGAGCAGUGUUUACUCUUUUCAAGAAACUGGAGACUUUGGGGGAGAACCAUGGCAAAGCCCCCGCAGAGCUUGGAAACUACUUCAGCCCACCGGGCAAGGACAAAAAAGUCGAGGUGAAAAAGAAAGAACUUAAUGAUUCAGCUGAGAGUAGAUCUUUGUGGGAUGGAGAAGGGAGGGAGAAUCAGGAGAACGUGUACACGGAGCCGGGUGCCCUCCCCAUCAAUCCAGUACCCAAACCCAAGCGUACCUUUCAACAUCCAGCGACUGCCUCCAUGGGAACGAGUUCGAAGGAGGGGAGAGGGAAGAGGAACCUCCCUCCGCUGCCAUCCAUUUCCUCUAAGGCAUCCUCAAAGCCCCCCUGUGGUUACUAUGGGAAACUCAGGGCAGACAGGUACCUUAACAACAGGAAACCAUUUGACCUUGAAGACCGUACAAGGUCACCCAGCCCAGUUUUCACCUGCCCCUUGUCUCAGGAACAUCACUAUGAAGACAUCUUGGACUCAUCCAAUGAGAACCCAUAUGAAGACAUAGAGUUGGAGAGUCAGUGUUCGCAGCAGUCUGUCCCCUCAUCUCCUGGUGCCGAUACAGCAAAGGCAUCCAGACCUGGUUUCUUCAGACAGAACUCAGGCAGAAGCUUCAAGCUACUGGACCUGAAGAGAACCAACCAGUCGGCCCACGGCAUCAACAGCGGAGGUGUUUCAUCUCCGCCCCAGCUCAGCCCGCCCUCCACCCCGCCCGGGCCUGAACACGGCGCCUGGAUCCCAGGGGAUCCCUACAGCCGCACCUGCCGGAGGAUACCAACAGUUGUGCUGAAAAUCAACAGUAUAUUUGAGGGUCGGAGCAGAAAAAAACAGCUGCGAAGGAUGUAUCACUACGCCGAAACUCUUUCUGGAAGAGUAACUGAUGAGAACAGCGACUCUGAGAGUGAAGUUGAAGACAGAUUAAAAGUUCGAUCUCUCCUGAGGCAGCCGAGAAAGACGCAGGUCCACUACAACGACUCCACCACCAGAAGCCGCUCUCUGGAUCAGGAGCGGCACCAACGCAAGCUGUUUGAGUACUUCCUCGUUGUUUCACUGCAGAAGUCAAAGGUCGGCGACCACUAUAUGCCAGAAGUCACACAGCAGUUCCCCCUUAAGUUGGAGCAAAGCUUCAAGUUCCUGAGGGAGACGGAGGAUCAGCUGAAGAUCAUCCCUCAGUUCUGUUUCCCCGACGCAAAAAACUGGGGGCCUGUGGAGAUGUACCCAAGUGAGAUGUUCUCCUUUGUUUUGACCGGCGAGGACGGCAGCAGGCGGUUCGGAUACUGCCGCCGCUUACUGCCCAGUGGAAAAGGCCAGCGCCUGCCGGAGGUUUAUUGCAUCGUUAGUCACCUCGGCUGUUUCAACCUGUUCUCCAAGGUGUUGGAUGAAGUGGAGAGGCGGCGAGCUCUCUCCCCAGCUCUGGUCCAGCCAUUUAUGAGAGCCAUCAUGGAAGCCCAGUUUCCAGCUCCAGGAAGAACCAUCAACAUCAAAACCUUCCUCCCUGGUUCUGGCACUGAGGUGAUGGAGCUCUGCCGGCCAUCUGACUCCCGUCUAGAGCAUGUGGACUUUGAAUGCCUGUUCUCCUGUUUGAGUCUGCGGCUGCUCCUCCGCGUGUUCAGCUCUCUGCUGCUGGAGAGAAGAGUGAUCUUCACCGCUGAUAAGCUCAGUACCCUCUCCCAGUGCUGCCACGCAGUCGUUGCUCUGCUCUACCCCUUCAUCUGGCAGCACACCUACAUCCCGGUGCUGCCCUCCGCCAUGUUGGACAUCGUCUGCACUCCGACCCCUUUCAUUGUCGGCCUGCUGUCCAGCUCUUUAACCCAACUCAACGAGCUUCCCCUGGAGGAGGUUCUUGUCGUGGAUCUCGGCAAUAAUCGACUUCUCAGACAGUUGGAUGAUGAGGACUCAAUACUGCCCUCUAAGCUUCAGUCAGCUCUGGAGAAUGUUCUAGAAAGAAGAAGAGAACUUGCUAACGACAGAGGAGCAGACUCAAUCAGUGACACUGGUCAUCUUAGCACCGUUGUGUCUGAGGCCUUUGUCCGCUUCUUUGUGGAGUUAGUUGGACACUACCCGCUGUUCAUCACCGCCGAACGUGAAGACGGAUAUUCCUCCUCUUCAUCGUCCUCUCCCGCUUCCUGCGCGUUCCAACGUGAGGGGUUCCGGAAAGCGAUCCCUUCCAAGACCGCGCGCCGCUUCUUGGAGGUCUUCAUGGAGACCCAGAUGUUUGGCUGGUUUAUCCAGGAGAGAGAGCUCCAUCGGCAAGCUCUGAGAGGACUGUUUGAAGUGAGAGUGCAGGAGUAUUUGGACUCCAUCAAUGAGAAUGAACACCGGAGGGUCAACAGAUUUCUCAAAGGACUGGGAAACAGAAUGAAAUUUCUUUCUAAGAGAUAAUGAAGAGAGGCAACAUACAAAAGAAGAAAAUCCUGAUUGUAAACUCAAGGAUUUUUCUUGGAACUUGUCCUGUUUUUUGCGAACUUUUGACCAGUGAGGCAGCGGUUUAGCUUCAAGAAUGCCGAGAGAUACUUUGACUGAAAAGUUGGUCAGCCAUUUAAAAGCAGGUUUAUAUCUGGAAAGAUGAAGACACCUGGAACUAAGGAUUUAUAUAAAUAUUUCAGAUCUUGUUUGGGAGAUUUUCAAAUGGGAAUGUACAUGGUGCCAUCUUUUUUGGCAUUGCGCAGCAUGCUGAUGACAAACUCAUUUUCAAGCACACCAGAAAAAUAAAACGAUGGUUUGACUUUAUGUUUGUAGUUUUUUCUACUGUUUCCAGCAGGGGGCUGUAUUAGAGAGAAGAAAAAGACAAACCUGCCCGCUGCUCCAAAAAUCCUUCAGGUUUCUUUCAGGCCGUUAUAUUUGUGUCUUUCUAUAUUAUUGUUUGGAAAAUUGAUUAAAUUACUUCAGGUCAAA